AUGAGGACUGCCACGAACACGAUGGUGUUGAACCAUUGCCUCGCAGACACGUUCCUGGUUUUGUCAGACAUUGCGUUUUAUGUAACGCCAGCUUACAUCCCAAGUCUGAUGGACGGCGAUGUCUUUUGCACUCUGUCAGCUUUCUUCGAUAGCUUGUUCAAAGCAGCUUCGAUUCUAAGCAUGUGCGGCAUAGCGCUCGACAGAUACGUUCACCUGGUUAGAAACUCUCGUAAGCGAAUGUCCAAAGAGCGAACAAUGGUGGUCAUAACUUGGUGCUGGUUGCAGUCUGCAGUCGUGGCGACUCCAUGGAACAAACUGGCAAGACUCGAGAAAAUUGUAAACAAGGGAGCUUUAUGCCAUACACUCCCACGCCUUUUCGAGGCUGGAUUACCGUUAAAAGCCCUGUCCGUGUUCUACAAGAUGGUCUCCGUUCUCCUUCCUUUACUCGGUAUCUGCUACGUUUCUUACCGCGUUUUUAGUACAGUGCGGCGGAGACGGAAAGUUAAAACACACGAAGGUUCAUUACAAGUCGCAAACCGAGUCCCUUCGGAAAGUUUCGUGACGCGCGCGCAUGCCAGAUCACCGAUUACGGCCAUCAUCUUGCUCCUGGUGUAUAUUUUAUGCAUGACACCGUUUUUCGUCGCAAUUGUUUGGACGAUGUUCCCGAAAACUCGUGUUCUCGCCCCCGGGACGGCAUUUGCUGUGUACUUCUUGUUUCGUCUGAAAGGAUCUCUAUUACCAAUCCUCUACAUCUUGAGAAACCGUUUCGUUCUCAGCUACCUUCACAAACUUGUGUGCUGUAGUUUUGCAAAGAAGGCAGGUAUUGCGGAAUAUUCGAACGCGUCUGUUACGAACAAUUUAGGAGGUCGUGCAGAGUGGAACUGGGUUUCACCAAGGCAAGCAAGAGGCGGGAAUGGUUUUAACAGAAGAGGAGUGAGACAGGAGUCAAGAGUAUUCUAUGGAGUAAAAACCCUGACAGUAACUUUUGAUUUUACUGAUCUCAAAAGAGCAAGAGGAAACUCUCGUGUAUAA